AUGGCCUCAGUCAAAUCAUUUCCGACCAUAAAAAAUGUUCGGACUUUCGUCAUCGAGGGCGUGGGCUCUGGUGGUGAUUAUCACAAUGUCAAGGGUGGACAUUGGUUGAUUGACAACAAGAUCGCGACCCCAAUGUCCAAAUGGGAGAAGUACCGACAAUCGAGAACCUCUUUUGGUAUCAAUGUCUUGGGAUCCUUCUGUGUCGAGAUCGAAGCCACCGACGGCACGAAAGGAUUUGCCACUGGAUUCGGCGGACCACCUGGCUGUUGGCUUGUGCAACAACAUUUCCAACGUUUUUUGCUUGGACGCGACCCUCGGGAUGUGAAUGACUUGUUUGAACUCAUGUAUCGAGGUUCCAUGUUCUAUGGUCGCAAAGGAUUGCCUGUUGCCGUCAUCUCAGUCCUCGACCUGGCAUUAUGGGAUCUCCUUGGUAAAAUCAGAAAUGAACCAGUUUACAAGAUGAUCGGUGGUGCAACGAGGGAUCGAUUACACUUCUACUGUACUGGACCUGAGCCUGCUGCUGCUCAGAAAAUGGGGUUCCUCGCUGGCAAGGUACCCCUGCCUUAUAGUGCAGACGAGCCUGACAGCUUGAGAAAGAACAUCGAAUUUCUCAAAAAGCAUCGCGAGGAUGUAGGGCCAGAUUUCCCUCUCAGGGUUGACUGUUGGAUGUCCUUGAAUGUCCAAUACACCAUCGAACUCGUAUCAGAGGCAAAGAGACAAGAUAUUAGAAUAGACUGGUGGGAAGAAGUGCUCUCUCCAGACGAUUUUGAUGGAUUCGCAUUGCUCAAAAGGGCUCACCCGGAUACCAAAUUUACCACUGGGGAGCACGAAUACUCUCGCUAUGGAUUUCGCAAGUUAUUGGAAGGUCGCAAUGUCGACAUCAUCCAACCGGAUGUGAUGUGGCUCGGUGGCUUGACAGAGCUCUUGAAGGUGACAGCUAUGGCAGCUGCAUACGAUAUCCCUGUUAUCCCACAUGCCUCUGGUCCUUACUCAUAUCACUUUGUCGUCAGCCAACACAACUCUCCGUUCCAAGAAUACCUCGCAAACAGCCCAGACGGAAAGAGUGUCUUGCCCGUCUUUGGGGAUUUGUUCCUCAACGAACCCAUCCCGACCAACGGUUAUCUGGAUGUUAGUGUCCUCGACAAGCCAGGAUUUGGUCUCGAACUAAACCCGAAUGCCCGACUAAUUGAUGCAACCAAUCUAUUGGGAUUUGCCCCUCAAAAGUCCUUGUCGGCACCUGUGGAGAAGAAAGAAACGACGGUUAAUGGCGGCCAUGCUGAGACAAAUGGACAGCAUUCGUGA